GUGCCACAUGAUAUACACAUACAGUGGGGUCCAAAAGCCUUAAUCGAAUACAUUUUUGAUGUAAUUAAAAUAUCAGCGUAACCUUCCGCGUGAACUCCACGAGUUUGUGCAAAAGCUGAUCAUUUGUAUGAUCCCAAAGGUGUGUCACGAAUGUGUUUAUUUGGCAUCAUGCAUUCUUUUAAGAUAUUGUCAGGUUUAAGUUGAAUCGAAACUAGAAGUUGUGGACCGCACUGUAUUUUGUAAUUUUAUUAUCGGUUUUGUUGUUUGACUCGAACACUCAAGCAUAAUACACAAUUCCAAACCCCGAGCCCAAUAAGCCGAGCUUAUAAAGCGAAGCUGUUGUUUCCUAAAUGUGUUCUUGGAGAUAUUGUCGAAGCUAUUCGGCUGUUUUCAUCGCUGAAGCGCAAGGUUGUGGUGACGUAGUACACAACACUGCGGUGACGUUCUCACUGUUGUUGGCGCGGUAAACACUGGCUAAGUUCUAAGCAGCUUUGCAUAAAGCAGCUCAGUUAAUCUCGGCGAGGCCACUGUCGCUAUGCGCUCAGAAACUGCAUGAAACGUCGUCAAAACAAGGCCUAGAUCUCGAUGCGAAACCGACUCGGCUGCUUCGACCAUCAUGUUAGUGAAUGCAACGCGCGGUUUCCUGUGGUCGGACAUGGAGACCAGAGCGCUGCUGAAUAUCUGGGGUGAGCACGACGUGCAGACGGCGCUGGACGGAAACUUUAGGAACAGCCACGUUUACCGAGACGUCGCGAACCGUCUGUGCGAGCUGGGCUUCGAUAGGACACCAGACCAGUGCAGAAUACGGGUUAAGAGCUUAAAGAGGCAGUAUUUCCAAGCGAAGGAGGGAUCCAGGAAAAAUGGGCAGUACCACAAGAUGUGCAAGUUCUACGACGAGAUGGAGAGGAUAUUGAGCAAUAGAUCCUUAUUAGAGAGGCAGGAUAUUGAUAGUGUCGCUGUUGGGGGAGAUGAAACGAUGGAUGAAGAUGCUGAGAGCACUGAACUCUUGCAGGAGGCUCACAUGGAUGGCAGCGGUGAAUGCUCCUUUAUGGAGCAUCCGGUCAAAACUGAGUACCCAUCCUGCCCCAUUCCGGUGACAGUGGGAGGCAUGAGUUCGUUUUCAACCAAGCAGAGCAGCCUGACGAAGACCAACCCGCCGGCGACCUCGUCCAGCAGGCCACGGAGAAGCAAGAAGCGCUUCGCCAACAUGUCGCUAGAUAAGCUGAUGGAGAAGUUUUUGGAGCAGAGCAUGGAGGCCGAAGACAACUUCUACAGGCUCGAGGAGCAGCGUCUUCAGGCUGAGGAUAAGCGCAGGGAGGAGGAACAUUCAAGGGAGUUGCAGAUGCUGCAGAUGUUGGGCCAGAUUUUCAAUGGCAUUAGCACACCCUCUCCUGCACCGCAGGCCACUCCGCAGCCCUCUUGUAUCCCCCAGACUAACCCCACCGUACCCUUCACGCGUCCCCCUUGUGGGAAUCGUAACCAUCCUCCUGCCUUGACCGAGUUUGCCAGCCACAGCCAGCCAGCUGGCCCAGGUCUGCUCAUGGAAGAGGGUGAAACUCAGUUCAUAGAGCGCUCUUUCUCUCUGGGAACGGCGAGAAUGGACAGUGUGAUUCCUCUUGUAAGAAAAACAAUUCCUCCACUUACAUCCAAAAAACACAAGGGUCAGGACGGACGCAUUGGUAUCAUUGGAGGAUGUCAAGAGUACACAGGAGCACCUUUCUUUGCAGCUAUUUCAGCUUUAAAAGUAGGAGCCGAUCUGUCUCAUGUGUUCUGCACCAAAGAUGCAGCUCCAGUCAUCAAGUCCUACAGUCCUGAACUCAUCGUCCAUCCAGUGCUAGAUGGUCCCAAUGCUGUGGAGGAGAUUGAGAAAUGGCUGCCCAGGCUCCACAGUCUGGUUGUGGGUCCAGGUCUGGGGAGGGAGGAGAUGCUUCUGAAGAAUGCUAAGGAGAUUAUUGAGAGGGCAAAACUCAGAGGAAUACCAAUCAUCAUUGAUGCUGAUGGACUUUGGUUAGUGGCAAAAGAACCGUCAGUCAUUCAAGGAUAUCAGAGAGGCAUCCUCACACCCAACUUCAUGGAGUUUACUCGUCUGUAUGAGGCCAUGCAUCAUGAACCUCUGGACAGCACGGACCACAAGAGAAGUGCUCAGCAACUCAGCAUCGCCAUGGGCCAUCUUACCUUGGUUUUGAAGGGGGAGGAGGACAUUAUUACUGACGGAAAGAACAUGCUGACCUGUAGUCAAGAGGGAAGUGGGCGGCGUUGUGGAGGACAGGGAGAUCUGCUCUCCGGUUCCUUAGGAGUCUUUGCCCACUGGGCGUUCAGCUCACCUCCAGAUGCAACUAAAGGCAUGAAUCCCUCACUGGUGGCUGCAUUCGGUGCUACGUCUCUGACAAGGCAAUGUAAUCGCCAGGCCUUCCACAAACACAGCAGAUCUACCACCACCUCUGACAUGAUCCAGGAGAUAAGCAGCGCUUUCAAGAAGUUGUUUGAAAGCUAGACCUGCGUGCGUGUAUCCAUUUCUCUUUUCGUGGACAUUAUAAAGCAGUGGUCUCCAGCCCUGCUCCUGGAGAGAGCUACCGUCCUGCAGAUUUCAGCUCCAACCCCAAUCAAACACAGCUGAAGCAGCUAAUCAAGGUGUUCAGGGUUACUUGAUAAUUACAGACAGGUGUGUUGCAGCAGGGCUGGAACUGAAGUCUGCAGGAUGGUAGCUCUUCAGGAGCAGGGUUGGAGAUCCCUGUUAUAAAGACUAAAAGUCUGCAUCUCAGUGCUACUCAUAUUAAAUAAAAGUGAAGUACAUUGUU